CAGUUCUCUUCUCUGAAAAAAAAAAAAAAAGAAAAGAAAAAUGUCCGGUGGGGUGGGCCCUACAUGCAGUGACAUAAGCCUCCCAAAGGAACAAGAAAGCCUCCACAAAGAAGCAUGGGACUCAAAGACUCAACAGCAAGGAAUCAAAUUACCCAGCGGCGGCGUUGGGCGGAGGAAGGCGGCGGCGUUUUUGAGUUUCCGGCAACUGAAUGCGCUGGCGGUGGUGAUUAUAUUUUCGGCCAGUGGGAUGGUUUGCGCUGAAGAUUUGGCGUUUGUGGUGUUUUCAAUGAUGUAUAUGUAUUUCAUUUCUAGAGUGGCGUUUCCGACGCUGGGCGACGCCGGAGAGCCGACGGUGUUUAGCCCGGAGAAUAAAAUGCUCCGCCUUUAUGUGUUCUUCGCCGCCGUGGUGGGGCUGUUUCUACCUAUAGCUUAUAUUCUUGAAGGGUUUUUUGAAGAAGAUAAAGAAGGCAUUAAAGCCGCUUCUCCACACGUUUUUCUUCUCGCUAGCCAGGUUUUCAUGGAAGGCGUGGCGGGGAAAGACAGAUUCUCGACGCCAAUCCGUGUGUUUGUGCCCGUUUUCUACAACUCGAGAAGGAUCUUCACCCUCGCGGAGUGGCUGCGGGACGAGUUCACAAAGGAAGAUAAGGAGUACAGCGGCUCGGUGCGGCGGCUGUUGGUCGGAAGAGCCCUUGCUGUAGCCAACAUGGCGCUUUGGAGCUUCAAUCUGUUUGGGUUCUUAUUGCCUGUGUACUUGCCAAGAGCUUUCAAGAGAUAUUAUUCUCUCUACAAAUCCAAAGAUUGACAAAUCUUUGCCUUUUUUUGGGUAUGUUUGGUUCAUAUUGCCAACUCCCAACUUUGUUCUUCAAAAUAAUUGUUGUGGAAGGACAAUUAAUCUGUUCUUUUUUCCCUUUUCUUUUUCUUUUUUCUUUUUUCUUUUUUCUUUUUUCUUUUUUCUUUUUUCGUUUUUCGUUUUUCUUUUGAGUUAGCAAUAUGUUUGAAUAGUUUGGAACUUUUAACUUUCUGCCUUUUGCAUAGUUGGGAGAUCAUGUCCAUGUAUUAUAGUGGAUAACUGACGAAAUUAAGAAAUGACCUCUGUUUUUUUCCUCUUCAA